AUGUCGAAAUUCUCUCUCCAGGGCCGAACGGCACUUGUUACAGGCGGUGCUCGCGGCUGCGGGUUGGCAUUUGCCAGAGGACUAGCUGAAGCAGGUGCCAACGUCGCAGUCUUUGACGUUGUCUCACCAGAUGACGCAUUCAAUGCAAUUGAAAAGGACUGUGGUGUUCGGACGGCAUUUUAUAGGGUCGAUAUUUCCUCCCAAGAGUCGCUCGAAGAAGGGUUUGCAAAGUUCCAAAAAGACUUUGACAAUGCGCUCGAUAUUUGUGUCCCCUGCGCGGGAAUCAAUCGCCAUCUUCCAUUCCUGGAAUUCACAUACAAAGAUCAUCAGGAUUUGCUAUCCAUCAAUGUGCUAGGUCUUUAUUUCACCGCACAGCUGGCAGCAAAACAGAUGAUCUCGAACAAGACCACGCAUGGAAGUAUUAUUCUUGUGGCAAGUAUGGCAAGUCACAUCGCUGUGCGAAGUCAGCUGUGCUCGGCGUAUUGUGGGACAAAAGGCGCAGUCAAGUCAAUGUGUCCAGCGAUCGCGAAAGAGUUGGCUGAAUAUUUUCCCCAUCUGUUGGAAGGUUGGAAGUCCGAGGCUAUGAAUGGCCGCAUUUCAGAUCCAGAGGAUAUAAUGGGGGCAUGUGUUUUUCUCGCAAGCGAUGCGAGUUCGUACAUGACAGGCUCGGACAUCGUGGUGGACGGUGGGGUGACACGGUGGUGA